AUGAGAUUGAUCAGUGUUGACCAACAUCAAGAAGAGUCUGCGCCACCAGCAUCAAGAAGAGUCUGCGCCACCAGCACCAAGAAGAGUCUGCGCCACCAGCAUCAAGAAGAGUCUGCGCCACCAGCAUCAAGAAGAGUCUACAUCCCCGGAUUGAGAAGACUGCACCUUCCAGUUUUGGAGCUAAGCCCUACCACACCUCUAUCAUCAGGAUCCCCCAAUCGGCUAGUCAGCAGAGGAUCCCCAGACCGACAUCUGAUGAAAGCCCUGGAACAACCAAACCACUUCAAGUGUGAAUCGGAGCAGCAUUACCAAAGUCUUCCAGCAAACUGA